AUGAGCUUUUUGGCAAAUUUAAGUUCCUUUUAUCGCUCUAUAUUUAAAAAGUUCCCUUUAAUCACGUUUCAAAAUCCUUAUCCAGCAGUAAAUGAGGAACUGAAUACGAAACCGGUUCUGUAUGUUAGCAAUUGGAAUGGCGAUCCAACUUCAGAGUCAAUGCAUUUGGAAUCAUUGCAAUGGCAAACAUGGAUCAAACUUUACGACCCGGAGAUUAUUUUACUUAGCGUUUCAGAUCAUGCUUCACCUGACCAAAAUAUGCCAUUCCUACAAGUUGUUUCUCACAAAGUUGUCCUGAAAAACAGUCUUUUGUUACAUCUGGUCAAUGAUGAGCAAAUAUUGCAGACUAUAGCACCUUGGAUGAGUCUUCUGACCGGUCCUAUCCACAUUGCUUUAGAGUAUAGCAUGUACCUUGAUGAGACCAAUUUCAAGGAAUUACAAAAUCAUUGGUUUACAAAAGCAACAUGGCCUUUGAAUAUAGUAAGGUCACUAUCAAAGCCUCUCGAAAAGAGAAAACAGCUGCGUAUCUUGACCGAGGAGAAAAAUCUAGAUGCAGACACGAUUUUUGAAGAUGCAGCAAGAGCCUUUUCCUCUCUUUCCAGCUUGCUAGGCAAUUUGACCUAUUUCUUCGACAAGGAUUCCCCUUCUAUAUUAGACAUUUCCCUGUUUAGCCACGCAGAACUAAUUCUUCAUCUACCAUUAAAAAAUGAUCAACUCCGCCUGUCCUUAACGUCUAAUAAAAACCUCUUAGAAUUAGCGAACCGUGUGCGUACUUUGGCAGGAUAUAGUUCUUACGGCUCGGUUUUAUUUGAUGAUGAUUGA